GGCGGGCAAGGGAGGAGUGAUGCGAAAGGCCGGGCUGGCAGGCGCCGCAGAGCCCCGGGGCCGCGCUCCCGCCGCCCCGACUCCGCCGGGGCCGAGGGUCCCGCCGCCGCCGCCGGGGUCUCGCUAUGGCCGGCCGCCCCCCGCCCAGCAACUUUGAAUCUCCACUGAUGCAAGAAGUCCCAGAGCACCAAGGCAACAGCACAGAUAGUUCGGGAAGCAGUUUGGGAAGCACUGUCACAGCAUGUAAAAAGAUCCUCUGCAGUAAUAGCCUGCUAGAAUCAACAGACUACUGGCUGCAGAAUCAGAGGACACCAUGCCAAAUUGGCUUUCUGGAAGACAAGUCAGAAAGCAACUGUGCCUCAGUUUGUUUUGUGAAUUUAGAUGCAAACAGAGACGAUUGCAGCAAUGAACAAGUGAAACAGAAAUUGAUCAGCGUCUCUCCAAAUCUCCCUAAACUCAUCGGAUCUAUGAAUGUACAACCACCAAAGGAAAAUGAAAUAGUCCUACUGAGCGGAUUAACGUCAGGAAAUCUUCAGGCUGAUUAUGAAGUUCCCCAGUGUCCUUGGCAAGCAGAUGUCUGCUUGGUUCAGUGUGCGAGGGGAGACAGGAAGAACAGUGCAAGCUGCAUCAUCUUUGAAAUAAACAAGUUUCUGAUUGGGCUUGAGCUUGUUCAGGAGAGACAGCUGCAGAUAGAAGCUCAUGUCUCAAAGCCUGAGGACGACACAAACUGCUCAGUGUCCUCAAUAGAAGAAGAUUUCCUCACAGCAUCUGAGCAUCUCGAGGAGGAAAACGAGGCUGAUGAAUAUAAAACUGCCCACGAAAAAAUAAGUGUUUCAGAAGCAUCUUCUGAUGUCAGAAAAAAUAAAGGAAAAGGAUUUGAAAGUCUCCACUACAGAAAAGCCAGGUUGCCAUUAAUUCUUGAAGGGAAUUGUGUUAAUGAAGAUAAUACAGCUAGUAAAGUCUCUGAAUCUGUGCACGUUGUGGCUGAAGAUGGCAUCUCACAACCUGAAGAUAAGCCAGAGCAGGAAAUCCUGUGUCAAGAGGAAUUAGUGGGAAGAGAUACAUCAUCCCUCAGUACUGAGGAUUUGACUAACAAUGUUGAAAAUUCCUGCUCAGUGAAUGUGUUAGAUGUGUCUUUAACCAAAAUGGCUAAAGAGGAGCUGGGGCCUCAUGGCUCUACAGCAAAACCCAACAGUAAGGCAGAGGUAGAGGAUUGUGCAGGUGUUAGGAAAAGCGACCCUCCCUUGCAAAACGAGCAAGCAGCUACAGGUCAGUACGCUACAAAUCUAGCAGAAUCUGUUCUGCAAGAUGCAUUCAUCAGACUAUCACAGUCUCAACCCACUUUCAGUGAGGAGGCUGCAGUCAGCAUCUCCGUAGGAAGCUCCUGCAAGUCAAAAGAUGCAUCUGCUUCCCGAUCGUGGAAUGAACUUCCAAAGAUUGUCAUAGUGCAAAGUCCAGACAGCAGUGAGAAUGUGCCAGACUGGCCAGGGUCUGCCUUCCCAAACCUGUGCCACUGGACUGAAACAGAAAGUUCUGAAGUUUCAGAUUACUUUGAAGAAGACCAUUCAAAUGGACGCAGCCAGAGUGCACUGGAGAUGGCUCUGGCUUGUGCAGCAACUGUCAUUGGAACCAUUUCAAGUCCACAGGCAGCAGAAAAAUUCAGAAGGGAUCAAGAAGCCACAGACUCUAAAAGCGAAACAGUUGAUAACGAAGAUCUACACGCAGAUUCUUCACAGCUACUUGAAGACUGUACUAGCACAGAUUAUUCAUUUCCAUCUGCACUGUGUGGCAUGACUCAAGUAGCAAGUGCUGUAGCAGUCUGCGGUCUGGGGGAAACAAAGGAAGAGAAGUACCCUACAACUUCAAGCGGGCUGCUGUCUGCAGCUCAGACUUCUGCAGCCAUUACUCUUCAUUGUAGCAUAGCUGUAGGAAGCAGCAUGGAAAAGCUGAAUGAUAGCAUUGCAGAGGCCCUACUCAAAGAGGCAUCAAUAAUUUUGACAAAACCGAAUACAUACAAAAAUGUAGGGCAUUUUAUGGAAUCCAUAAACGGAAGAAUUAUUGAAACAGCAGCAAGGCCACGGAUUCCACACUCCGAUGAAGUAAUCAGAGAUGAACUGGCACAAAAUUUAUCCAAUAUUAUUCUACGACAUUCUAUUGAAGAGGUCAGGAAGAAAAGAGAGCUACAGUCCUGUUCAGAAAACAGCUCAAGUACACAAGACAUUUUCAUGGAGACUGCCAAUGAGUUGCUUUUUAAUGUGAUAUAUUUCACUUGCAAGAAGAUGAAUGACAUAAGACAAGUUGAAGAGUGUUCUCCUCUCUUUUCUGAAGGCUUGAAAGGCAAGAAGGUAACAAGAGUAGAAGGAUGGCCAACACAGGCAACAGCAUGUGAAACAUCACACAGACCCCUUGAUCAUUCUGCUAUUAAGCCAUUUGGUACAUCCUACAGUGCUAGCACAGAUAGUGAAAAUGGUAUCAGCACGAAGAAAAUUAACAUGAGAGAUGUAAAUAGCAAUGAAAACGCCACAGUGAAUUCAGAGCUAACAAGUAGAGUCAUUGGGCAUAAUGCACUUGUUGCAAAAACAUCUCCCAAGAAAAGAUACCUGAAAAGAACCACACGAGACUGCUACAAAUCCCCACAUCAGAAUAACAUUCAGAAGAAGAGAGAUUACAGAUCAUUUUCAGACAGAGAAAGUACCUUUGCAAACAAUGAAUGCAGGCACGGUGUUCAAGAACAACUGUCUUCCAGCGCUGUCGUGAAUGCAGAAAACCAGGCCAAACAUAAGUGUGAUGCUGUGCUAAGUGAUGAAGUCCAAGUUAGCUUGUCUUUGUUAGGAAACCAUGUCUUACUUCCUUCUCAGCCUGUGCUACAGGUGAAAAAUUCAAGAGACAAAUACUGUAUAACAGAUUUUGCAGAAGAAUUGGCAGAAACAGUGGUCUCUAUGGCAACAGAAAUAGCUGCCAUUUGUCUUGAAAACUCAAAUGGAAAGCAGCCCUGGUUCUGUGCAUGGAAGAGAGGCAAUGAAUAUCUGGUGACCCAGAGUAUAUCAUGCAGAACUAUGAAAAGGAAAAAGGAAACCCAUGCUAAUGGCUCAGUUGUUCGGAAACACAGGGCACCUCGACUGAGUGAGAUCAAAAGAAAGACAGAUGAGCAUCCUGAGCUAAAGGAAAGGUUGAUGAAUCGAGUAGUAGAUGAAUCUAUAAACCUUGAGGACACACCAGAUUCUGUCAAUAUAUUUGCAAAUGAAGUGGCUGCAAAGAUCAUGAACCUCACUGAACUCUCCAUGGUUGACAGUAUCUGGCAAGGUCCAAACCAUCCCAGGAACAGGCUGCACUGUGAAAGAUGGAGCCGAGCCAAGGCCUCAAGCUGUGAGAGCAUACCAGAGGAGGACAUGGAUUCCAAAGCCUCUGCCAAUACUCUAGGCCUAAUGAAUGCCCUUGGUCAGCCUGUGAGCCAGACAAGUUCCGUCUCAAAGCAGUCUAGUUGUGAAAGCAUUACAGAUGAGUUUUCAAGAUUUAUGGUGAACCAAAUGGAAAAUGAGGGAAGAGGCUUUGAUUUAUUACUAGAUUAUUAUGCAGGAAAAAAUGCAAACAACAUCUUAACGUCGGCUUUGCAACAGGUUGCUAAGAAAAAUGGUCAUCUUAAUGUACGGCCAAGUUGCCCAUCCAAGCAGUCCAGCACGGAAAGCAUAACAGAAGAAUUUUACAGGUAUAUGCUAAAAGAAAUAGAAAAGGAAAAUAAAGAUAAUGCAUCUUCCCCUCGGAAUUCAAAGGACUGGUGUGGCAGUUUGCUACCACCCUCUCUGCGAUCACCUUUUUGCUUUAGACAGUCCUCAGUGCCUGAUGGCAGAUCAUCAGGUUCUAGACUAACAGUUAACAUCCCAGUCAAGGCAAAUUCAUUAGAUGGAUUUGCCCAACAUCACCAGGAUUCCUUAAGUGUACAGCCAGUCAGUACUGUGGCUUCUUCAGGUCUUUGCAAGUCUGACUCAUGCCUGUACCAAAGAUGCAAGACUGACCAGAUAACAGAUAUGUUGAUUCACGAGACGUGGGCAAGCUCUAUUGAAUCUCUAAUGCGCAAAAACAAAAUCAUAACAGAUGAGGCAGAGGUUGCAGAGGUAGAUCAUUUUCACAGUGAUUCCCCACCACAUGUGCAACAGUAUGCAAACAGACUGGCUGCAAAUAUUGUUGAAAGUGGUAAAAAUUUAAUUGUUGUCCAGCAGGAUGCCUUUGAUUCUGCAAGCCAAGAACACAUGCUGGAAAGCAAACAUCCCCAGAGUGCAACUCAGAUUCAAGUAGAACCCAAAAGGAGUGGAAUAAAUUUGGAUGAGCAUAUGAAGAACCCUGAAUGCCUCCCUGCAGGUCAGCACAGGGAAGUGCCUUUAAUUCAGAUAGAAACUGAUCAACGAGACGAGUCAGAUAAAGACUCUGAAUCCUUAACUUUACAUGAGCUUUCUGAAAAGGAGCAUCAAGGCAAGGAAAAGCCUCCAGAAGCUUAUGCUGGGAAGCACAUGGUUUCCAGUACCCUACUGAAUAGCAAAAGCAGUCAGAGCAAACCAGAUGCUGAAAUAACGGGAGAGACAAAAGCAGCUGAAGAAUUUCCAACACACCUCAGCAGCAGUGAAGAAAGCACUGGCAGCUGGUCCCAGCUAGCCAAUGAUGAAGACAAUCCUGAUGACACAAGUAGCUACUUACAACUCAGCGAACGAUCUCUGAGUGACUUAGUAGAAGAAAAGGUUUUCCUUAAAGAACAGACAGAUAAUACAGAGGAAAGUACUUCUGGGCUCUCAGUGGGAACAGCCAAUUAUCAGAAAGAACUCCUGGUGAUUAAUUUUGAUCUGGAACCAGAAUGCCCCAACGCAGAGCUGCGAGCCACCCUACAGUGGAUAGCUGCUUCUGAACUUGGAAUCCCAACCAUCUAUUUUAAAAAAUCUCAGGAAAACAGAAUUGAAAAGUUUUUAGAUGUUGUGCAGCUAGUUCAACGGAAGUCCUGGAAAGUGGGUGACAUCUUUCAUGCUGUGGUGCAGUACUGCAAACUCAGUGAGGAGCGCAAAGAGAAGACACCAAGCCUGUUCGAUUGGCUCCUUGAACUGGGCUAGGAACAUUCACCUGUUCCACUUCUUUGUUAUAAUGCAGCUUAAGUAAGCAGUGGUUCAUGUAACAGUCUGAUUUCCAAACAUCACCAAAUAAAAUGAGCAAAGAUAUGUAAACUACAGAAACAGCACGUGUCUGUUCCACAACUGCACUGAGCAGAGUUGAAACCAAGGUGUACUGUAUCCUUCUGUAUCCUGAGGGACGUUUGACAUAUUGUGCUGUAGGAUGUACUGUGCUAGAAAAAGAUGGAUUUUUUAGCUUUGUGAAUUAAUGGACUUAAUUUACUUAAUGAAUUAAGUAAAACUUAAUUGAAUUUCUGAUAUGUUCCAUUUUCAUCAAUUUGAUUAAAUCAAUCAGCUGAAACAGGAUGGUAUACUAACAUUCAGUUUUAAACCAAUACUAACGUUUGUACAGUUUUAACUUUUAGAACCUGAGUGUGUUCCAGGAUGCAGAGAGAAAACCAUGCCCUUCAAUAAAUAAAACAUCUUAAAAGAAGUCUCCACAAUCCUCUGAGAGGUAAAAACUUGUGAACACAUCAGAUCUUUGAAGUCAAAAAGCAGAAAAAAAGCUGCUGAAAACACAUUUCACUUUCUUUCCACAUGAUCAUUUCUCAGCCCUAUAGCUGGUCCCCAUUCCUGUCUUCUUCUUCUCGAGGAAAUACAAAUCUAGACUGUCAAUUAUUACCCUUAGAAAGCCUCCUUUCUUUACACUCGCAGGCAGUGCAGUUCAGUACAGCUGUGCUUGGUAUGUCCCCAAGUACAGCUCUGCGAGUCAGGGUAGUGGGUUCCUAGAGCCCUGUCCCCACCAGGUGACCUCGGGCGAGUCAGUUCACCUCUGUGCCUCAGUGUCCCUAUCCAGUAAGAGGGAGCGAUGAUACGGAAUGUGUUAUAUGAAGUGUUUCUUUUUGAAGCAUUAGGUAACAUGCUAUGUGUCGGUUAGAAUAGUGAAAAGAAACACUAAAUUUAAUCAAGUAAAUUGUUAAUAAGGUGAAGAAAGACAUAUCUGAAAAGAGUGUUGUCUUGAAAUAAAAAUCUUAAUUUUUGUAAUUUUCAAGAAAUCAAAACAAUUGUUACAAUUUCAGCACAUGCUUGUUCAUUUUGGAUAUGUGUUGGACUAUGUAUGAUAGUCCACAUUAUGAUAACAUUUAUAUAACUGUUUGAUAAGAUAUACUAUGGUAUCUUCUCGCUGAGAUGAUGUUAGGUACCAUGCACUCAGUGAUACUCUCUUGACUCUGCCAAAGAGAUUGGUUUUGAAUUUAAAGGUAAACAUAACUUAUCACAUCAAAGCUCUUCUGUGAUUUGUUUCUUUGAAAAUCUUUAUAUUUUGCUUCUCCCUUCUUAAAUAGCAUAAUAGAAAGCCUGCCUGCCUUUCCAAAUCAAAUAUUUAAAAGAUAUUUUAUUUUCCAUAUAAUAGUAUAUGCUUCUAUAAUAUUUUUGGGAGGUGGGGUGAAGAGAAGAAAACUAUCCUUUUGCACUAAAUAUUUUUGAAGAUUUUGAAGGAGUUUUAAGUAAUUUAUGAAAAAAAGAGCCAUAUUAUUCUCAAUUUUAUCUUUAAAACCAUUGCUAAAUUUGCAUGAUUUCAUCACUCAUUUGUUAAGAAAUACAGACUGUCAGUGAAACCUAUUACAGAACAUUAAAUAACAUCUACAUCUCUGCAAUAUAUGAAAUCAGUGGAGGUCACUGUACUGUCAAGAUAAAGGUCAGUUUGUUGCAUCCACUCAACCUAACUGCGGUACUGGGCCCAUUCCUAGGAACUGCUGAACAUCCACAGCUCAUGCUAACCCGAGUGGUAACAGUGAAUGCUCAGCAUUUCCAAGGCUGAAAGCUAGUAAAAAGCACUGGGCAUUGUAAAGUGCUUUGAUUGAGCCAAUAAAUGGGAACGUGUAUUUAUUUUUAAGCCAGAUACAAUUAGUUGUCAGUAUAU